GAAGCACUGCACAUUACUAACAGCUUAGACAGCCACUUCCCGCUAACCAGCAUGCUGUGAAGAUCUGCUGACGGCGAAAAGGAGCGAGUACUACAUCCCUGACCUCUUCCGUUAGGAAUUCAGCUGAACAAAUAGGAUCAAGUGACUCAAUUCUAGAUUCUGAUCCUUGCUAAAAAACUUCAGAAACUUUGUCUUUGGGGUGAUUGCAGAUAAAUCUGCAGAAGUAUGAACAACUGGGGGUACGCAUCCCAUAAUGGCCCAGAGGUGUGGCAUGAUUUGUUUCCUCUUGCCAAUGGAGACCGUCAGUCACCUAUUGACAUUAAAACACAAGAUGCCAACUAUGACCCCGGUCUGAUGCCCCUCCAUUUCAGCUAUGAUCCAUCUUCUGCAAAAGUUAUCAUUAACAGCGGGCACACUUUCUCUCUGGAAUUUGAUGAUGGAGAGGAUAAAUCAGUGUUGAGGGGUGGACCACUUCAUGGAACCUACAGACUACGCCAGCUGCAUUUUCAUUGGGGGCCGUGUGAUGAUUAUGGAGCUGAACAUAAGGUGAAUGGUACAGACUAUGCAGCUGAGCUUCACCUUGUCCACUGGAACUCAGAAAAGUACUCAAGUUUUGUUGACGCAGCUAACAAACCAGAUGGGCUAGGUGUUGUGGCAGUGUUUUUAAAGGUUGGUGAACAUAACAGAAACUUGAAGAGAAUAACAGAUGCAUUUGAUGCCAUUAACACUAAGGGCAAAAAGUCUACCUUUACAAACUAUGACCCUUCAUGUUUAUUUCCUGGCUGCAAGGAUUUCUGGACCUACCCAGGGUCACUUACUGUUCCUCCACUGCUAGAGAGUGUCAUAUGGAUAGUUUUAAAAGAACCCAUAACUAUCAGCUCCAGACAGCUCUCCAAGUUCCGUAGUCUGUUGUGCACCAGGAGUGAGGAUGGAAGUGAACCAUGUUACAUGGAGACAAAUCAUCGUCCAGUGCAGCCACUCCGAGGGCGAAAAGUGAGAGCAACUUUCAUAUAGAUGUUCUCCAAUCUCCAUUUCUUAUAUAACUACUAAGGCAGAGAGCAGCAAACUGAGGACACUUCCUGCAGGGCACUAGUAAACAUGCUGCCUGUUGUAGAAUAUGUGUUUUCAUAAAAAGCCAUUUUAUUUAGAUAUAUACAGAUUUUUAUAGGUAUGCUGAAAUUUGAAGUUACAUUCAUUCAUUUUUUUUAUUGAGCGAUUACUGUGAAUUGUUUAUAAUGAUUUUUGUACCAUUUAUUUUCUUAUAUAACUGACUGUUAUUUUCUGUUAUUGUUAUUGCUUUGUGUUGUAAAACUUCCUCAUCAGUUCAUUCUAUAGUCGCAUUCAACAAAAGAGCAAAAAGGUAUUAUGAAAUCUGUUCCCAGAGUCACAAAGGGCUCUCCAAGGUCUGAUGUAAUUUUAUAUUAUUAUCUGUCUAUCUCACCACUUUCUUCUGGUUUGCUGCACUGAGGAUGGAUGUACAGUAUUUUUAAAGAUGCUCUUCAUUAGGAAUGAGAACAGUCAUUUUUUAUGAGAUCACCAUGAAAUUACAAUUUAAUGGUAUUUAGGGUAGUUUUGUUUAUGUUUGUUUAUUCAA